CGGCGGUUGGUUGAGAAGCCGCGACUGGGGCAGGGUCGUCAGGCGGUGGGUUGGAAGUAGGUCUGCUUGGAAUCCCCAGGGAAAACAAUUAAAAUGUACAUCAAAUCGAUUGUCCUUGAGGGUUUCAAGUCUUAUGCUCAAAGGACAGAGGUUAAUGACUUUGACCCGCUAUUCAAUGCCAUUACUGGCUUAAAUGGAAGUGGCAAAUCAAAUAUCCUGGACUCCAUCUGUUUCUUACUGGGCAUCACCAAUCUAUCACAGGUGCGAGCUUCAAACUUGCAAGACCUUGUUUACAAAAAUGGCCAGGCUGGAAUUACUAAGGCUACUGUAUCGAUCACCUUUGAUAAUUUUGAUAAGAAGCAGAGUCCGCUAGGGUUUGAGAAUCAUGAUGAGAUUACCGUCACAAGACAGGUGGUGAUUGGAGGUAGAAAUAAAUAUCUAAUCAAUGGUGUGAAUGCAAACAAUACUAGAGUACAGGAUCUCUUCUGCUCUGUUGGACUGAAUGUCAAUAAUCCUCACUUUCUUAUCAUGCAGGGUCGUAUUACCAAAGUUCUCAAUAUGAAGCCUCCAGAGAUUUUGGCAAUGAUUGAAGAAGCAGCUGGCACAAGAAUGUAUGAGUGCAAGAAAUUAGCUGCCCAGAAAACAAUAGAGAAAAAAGAGGCCAAACUGAAAGAAAUUUGCACGAUUUUGGAGGAGGAAAUCACACCAACCUUGCAGAAACUGAAAGAGGAACGAUCCUCCUAUUUGGAAUACCAAAAGGUCAUGCGAGAGAUAGAACAUCUGAGUCGUCUGUAUGUCGCAUAUCAGUUUGGAUUGGCUGAAGAAACCAAGGCACGUUCUGCUGAUGUGCUAAAGGAAAUGGAAGGCAAUAUUUCAAAGCUUCAAGAAGAGAUGAUUGCAAAUGAAAAGAAGGUGAAGGAGCUUGGCAAAGAAAUAACAGAAAUGGAAAACAAAAGGGAUCAAGAAUUUGGUGGUGUGCUUCAUUCACUAGAAGAAGCUCUUGCAGAAGUUCAGAGGACUGACACCAAAGUGCAAAGUACCCUUGACAUCAAAAAGCAAAACUUGCAAGGGGAAGAAAAAAAGCAUAAAGAGCUGGUGAAAUGCAUGGAAGAGGAUUCUAAAGCUUUGGCCUCCAAGGAAAAAGAAGUCAAGAAGAUCAGUGACGGGCUGAGCGCUCUUCAGGAGGCCCGCAAUAAAGACACCGAGGCCUUGGCUGCUGCACAGCAGCACUUCAACGCUGUGUCUGCUGGUCUGUCCAGCAACGAAGAUGGGGAAGACGCGACUCUCGCGGGACAGAUGAUGACUUGCAAGAACGAUAUCAGCAAAGCAGAAACAGAGGCUAAACAAGCUCAGAUGAAGCUGAAGCAUGCCCAGCAAGAGCUAAAGGCCAAGCAAGCUGAAGUAAAAAAGAUGGAUAGUGGCUACAAGAAAGAUCAAGAUGCAUUUGAAACGGUCAGAAAGCAGAAGGAGAAAUUAGAAAAUGAAAUGAAGAAACUCAACUAUGAAGACAAAAAGGAAGAGAGCCUUUUAGAAAAACAACGGGAGCUGUCCCGUGUGGUUAACCGCUUGAGAGAGUCCUAUGAAGCUUUAAUGUCCAGGUUCCCCAAUCUCCGCUUUGAAUACAGGGACCCAGAAAAAAACUGGAACUCCGAUCAUGUCAAAGGGCUUGUGGCAUCUCUGAUUACUGUGAAAGAUGUCUCUACAGCCACAGCACUAGAAGUAGUCGCUGGAGGUCGACUCUACAACGUGGUGGUGGACACAGAGGUUACUGGCAAAAAACUGUUGGAAAAGGGUGAACUGAAGCGUCGAUACACCAUUAUCCCGCUGAACAAAAUUUCGGCGAGGUGUGUUGGAAAAGAAGCAAUCAAAGUGGCCAAAACCUUGGUUGGUGAUGACAACGUCCAUCUGGCCCUUAGUCUGGUGGGUUAUGAAUCUGACAUUCAAAAGGCAAUGGAAUACGUCUUUGGGGGCACACUGGUUUGUGACAGCAUGGAUAACGCCAAGAAAGUCACCUUUGACAAAAGAGUGAUGACAAAGACGGUCACACUUGGUGGAGACACCUUUGAUCCUCAGGGCACACUGAGUGGAGGUGCACGAUCACAAUCUGCAUCGAUUUUGUCCAAGCUCCAAGAGGUGAAAGGUGUGCAAGAGGAAUUAAAAACAAAGGAGGCUGAGCUACAAAUGAUAGGAAAGGAGCUAGAGGGUCUACAGGGGACUGCUGAAAAGUAUCGUCAGCUGAAGCAGCAAUGGGAGAUGAAAUCUGAAGAAGCUGAGCUAUUGCAAACCAAGCUGCAGCAAAGUGCCUAUCAGAAACAGCAGGAAGAAUUAGAUACACUGAAAAGAACCAUUGAGGAAAGUGAGGAGACAUUGAAAAAAACAAAAGAGGUACAAACAAAAGCAGAGGAAAAACUCAAAGUGCUGGAAAACAAAAUGAAAAAUGCUGAAGCGGAAAGGGAGAAAGAGUUGAAAAAUGCUCAGCAGAAGCUAGACGGAGCCAAAAAAAAGGCUGACGUUUCCAGCAAAAAGAUGAAAGAAAAGGAACAGGAGGUUGAAGCGCUAGUGUUGGAACUUGAAGAGCUAAAACGUGAACAAAACUCUUAUAAACAACAGAUUGAGGCUGUCAACGAAGCUAUUAAAUCAUUCCAAGGCCAGAUUGAGGUUAUAUCGGCUGAAGUAGCAAAGAACAAGGAGUCUGUAAAGAACACUCAAGAGGAACUGGCUAAGCAAAAGGCGGUGGUCAUGGCCCAGGAUAAAGCCAUUAAAGCCAAAUCAGCAGAGGUUGUAAAAUACAAAGAACAAAACAAUGAAUCGCAACUUAAGAUUAAAGAGCUGGAACACAAUAUCAGUAAGCACAAGCGUGAGGCUUCUGACGCGUCCGCAAAGGUAGCUAAGAUGCUGAAAGACUAUGAGUGGAUUGCUUCAGAAAAGCACCUUUUUGGCCAGCCAAACACAGCGUACGAUUUCAAAACCAACAAUCCAAAGGAAGCUGGUCAGAGGCUGCACAAACUGCAGGAGAAGAAAGAGAAGCUGGGCAGGAAUGUCAAUAUGAGAGCCAUGAACAUGCUUUCAGAAGCAGAAGAAAGAUACAAUGACUUGAUGAAGAAGAAAAGAAUUGUUGAGAAUGACAAGUCUAAAAUUCUUGCAACGAUUGUGGAACUUGAUCAAAAGAAAAACGAAGCUUUAAACAUUGCCUGGCAAAAGGUAAACCAAGACUUUGGAUCAAUUUUCUCAACACUUCUGCCAGGGGCCAACGCGAUGCUAUCUCCUCCGGAGGCGCAAACGGUUCUAGAUGGCCUGGAGUUCAAAGUUGCCUUGGGAAACACUUGGAAGGAAAACUUAACUGAAUUAAGCGGGGGCCAAAGGUCCCUCGUAGCUUUGUCUUUGAUCUUAGCCAUGCUCCUCUUCAAGCCUGCCCCAAUUUACAUCCUGGAUGAGGUUGAUGCAGCCCUCGAUCUCUCACACACCCAGAACAUUGGGCAGAUGCUUCGGACCCACUUCCGUCAUUCCCAGUUCAUUGUGGUAUCAUUGAAGGAUGGCAUGUUCAACAACGCAAAUGUACUCUACAAGACUAAGUUUGUGGACGGUGUGUCUACUGUGGCCCGUUAUACUCAGGCUCAGAAUGGAAACAGUGGUUCCAGUCAGCAAAGAGUGGAUAAGGCCAAAAUGAAGGAGAAGCGGCAAAGAGUGCAGGUGGAUGUUUGAAGAGUCAAUGUCUCCUGCACCACAGUAGCCUGGUGAUGCUUUUCGCUUUAAAAAGUAUAGACUAUUAUGUAACACAAACCUGUCCUGUACUUAGUAGUGAUGAUACUCCAUAUUUUAACUUUCCUCUCCCUAGAGCUGCCAAACUAUUGGAUGUUGUCCAUUUUUUAUAAAAUAUUUUGAAAUUUCUUCUUGGCACAGCCUACCAGUAUGGCGCUUAAAAUACAGGGAAAUCAUCAAAAUAAAACUAUUAAUGUAAAAUAGUUUAAUAUAGUUUAGAAAAAUCUUGUAUUCAGAGACUUGUAAAUAUUCUUGCUGUCCUUUCUCUUGUUGAUAAUUGGCUAGUACUGAUGUCUUCAGCAACGUGAAAAUGACCCAUUUGCAUUUAAUAUAAGCCAAAUAACCUCUGUAAAACGUAUCUCCUUCUGCUUGAAGGCCAGAGCCUUCCAUGGAGUUCCGCUUCCAGGGGGUUUAUUGCUAUUGCAUUGUCCAUCCUUUAAAGGUUUGUGUUUAGGAAUGCAAACACACAUUGCAGGAUUUUGCUCCAGUAAUAACUUAUGGCAAGAUGGGAAAGGAAACACUGAAGGCUUCUACUCCCACAAGCCAGCAUUUAAAAGGGCUAGGAAAGCAGAAAGAAUAUAAAAUAGAA